AUGGCGGCGCCGCGCUCGGCCGAGCAGCAGGGCCGCGACUACCUGGAGCGGCACCGGCUGCCCGCGCUGCUCGAGCACCUCAGCGCGCUGCUGCUCUACCACCGCCCCGAGCGGCCCCGCGAGUUCCUGAUGGCRGCGCUGGAGCAAGUGGCGGCCGGCAGGCACGGCGAGGGCCGCUACCCCGGCCUCAUGGACGACGCCAACCUCGCGGCCAUGUUCGAGCUGCUGGACCCCGCCGGCCAGGGCCACAUCUCCGUCGUGCAGUACCGGGAAGCUCUUAAAACGCUGGGACUGAGCACGGAAGGGCUGCCCCCUGAGGAUGUSACCAUCACCCUGGACACGUUCAAGGAAGAAGUGAAUAAAAAGAUGUUGGAGAUGUGGGCUGCAUAUUAAGUUUCAGCUGAACACAUACGCACGUUGCAUUUCUAUCCACACUCUCACACACAUGCAAAAAAGGCAUUUUCCUCUUCUUUUUCCUGCUUUUGCUUGGUUGGUUUCAUCUCCGGCCAGCAGCUGUCCUCACAUAUUUCAAGCAACGCUCUCUUUUUUUCUCUAAUUUCCCCCAAGUUUAGCAAACCGCUGCAGAGGAGGAAUGACAAAGAAUCGUUCAUCCUCAUGAGCUGUUGGCCACUGAUCAGAAUUGCCACUUUUCUAUUACAUGAUUAGAACCGAUUUUUUUUUGCCAGCAAAAGCAGCAUUUGGGAGCUUCCGCAGCA